CUCUGUACGCGUACGCAGUCGAUCGUCGCCGGCGAGAACGAAGGACGACGAACGGGCCGCGCGGACCGGACGCUAGGAUGGAGCCGAAGACGCCGUUGGCCCUAGCUCUGACCCUGGCCUUGCUGUCGUCGAUCGCGAGGUGCAACGCCUCGGAAAGCAUAAUCGGCAGCCGGGAAACGUGCGACGUCGAGGGAGAAGACUUCACCGUCGACAAGAUCCCGAACACCAAGUGUUUCAACUGCAUAUGCAAGAACGGUUUCGUCGAGUGCAGGAAGCAGCACGUGUGCCCGAGCAUCGAGGGCUGCUACACGAUGCUGGAGCCGAGGGAGGACGAGUGCUGCCACAGGUGCAAAGGAUGCGAGAGGAACGGCGUGUACCACGAGUCCGAGACCGAGUGGACGGAAGGAAACGACCCGUGCCGGGUGUUCACUUGCAAGGCCGGCGUCGUCACCGAGUCCAGGCUCCACUGCUACACGCCCUGCCUGAAACCGAUCCCGCCGCCGAUCGGCCAGUGCUGUCCUGUCUGCGCGGGAUGCCACGUGAACGGGCAAGUGGUGACCGCGGACAGGUCCGUGACGACCACCGAGGAUCCGUGCGUGACUUGCAGAUGCAACGCGGGACGGUUGAUCUGCGCGAAGCGCGCCUGCCCGGUGUUGCACUGCCCGUCCUCGAGGAUCGUCCGCGACCCUGGCGAGUGCUGUCCACGAUGCAAAGGUAGCGGGAGAUACAUGUCACCGCCGAAGGGCGCGUGCAUGCUGGGCACCAUGAUCUACAACACGGGGAAGCAGUUCUACGCCGACCAGUGCACCAGGUGUAGCUGCUCGAACUCGGCGGUGACCUGCGUCAGGGAGACCUGCCCGGUCCACGACUGUCCCAGCGAGCACCAGAUCACUCUGCCUGGCCGGUGUUGUCCUCAGUGUCCGGAGAUAGAGGAGGUCCGACCGUCGUGCACCUACGCCGGCAAAACCUACGGGGAUGGCGAGACUUGGAAACUUGACUCGUGCAAAGCGUGCGCCUGCACACAGGGGAAAGUGCGGUGCGUGAUGCCGAUGUGUCCGCCGCUGAACCUACCCUGCCCCCCGAACUCGAGGCUGGAGCACCCCGAGGGCCAGUGCUGUCCCCGUUGCGUCGAAAGCGACGGCGUGUGCACGGUGUUCGGUGACCCGCACUACCGCACCUUCGACGGCAAGUUCUACAGCUUCAAGGGCGCGUGCAAGUACCAGCUGGCCAGCGACUGCGCCGGUCACACGUUCAGCGUUCGGGUGACCAACGACGCCAGGUCGACGAGGUUCUCCGCGUGGACCAAGACGAUCGCCAUAAAGGUCGGCGACCUGAAAGUGAAUCUCGGUCAGAAAAUGCGCGUCAAGGUGAACGGUAAGAAAGUCGAGGUGCCGUACCGCGUGGCGGGCCGGCUGGAGGUGAACCGAACCGCGGACAGCAUCAUCGUGUCCACGCAGAUCGGCAUCAAGGUGCUGUGGGACGGCAUCAGCUUCCUCGAGGUGUCCGCGCCGACCUCGUACAGGGGCCGGCUGUGCGGCCUCUGCGGCAACUUCAAUUCACUGUCCAAGGACGACUUCGAGAACCGCAAGGGACGCGUGAUGCAGGACCCGCAGGCCUUCGGACAGUCCUGGGCGGUCGGCGCCAAGAAGAGCUGCGUCAGGCCCAGACCGACGGCGAACCUCGACCGCGACAGACGCUGCAGAGGGCGGAAGGAUCAUCGGUUGUGCAACCGGUUGAGAUCGCAGAUCUUCGACGCGUGCCACAAGAAGGUGAACCCGACCAUGUACUACAAGGCCUGCCUGCAGGACAUGUGCGAGUGCCCCGGCGAGAACUGCUACUGCGAAUCGUUCACCGCGUACGCGCACGAGUGCAAGAGACUAGGCAUACAGUUGCCACACUGGCGGAAAUCGACCAGGUGUCGUACCGGCUGGGACCAGGCCGCCGCAGGUUCCUCGUUGCUCGGCCCGCGAUUCCCAUGAGCCCCGUGUCGCGCGUCGCGUCGCGUCGCGUAGCCACCGACCCACCGCCGCUUCACAAUCUUGGACAAGCGUAUCCUCGGCUUCCGUUUUCGGCAGGCUCGAGGAGUGCUCGCGAGUCGGGGUACGUUUACGGGAGAGCUGCAGCCUAUCGAGGAAAUUAGGGGAUUAGUACUCUUGUUUUAAACAUCAGACAUUAACACGUUGAGCGCCACGAAAAUCUUAAGCGUUUUCCCAUAGAGUAGGAAUAAUUAUGAAUCGUUUGGCGUUGCAACGUUUACGGGAGAGCUGCGAUCAGCCUAGGUUAGUUGUUCGGUUUGAGAAAAAGAACAUUCGAAUAUUAUAGUAUUUUUAUGGUAUCCCUAGCGAAAAUGAGAAAUGCUAUAACAUUAGAUCUUUCAUUUUCCUUAGUGCAAAAUUUGGAUGAGAAAUCUAAUAAUUAUGGUAGUUUCUUUAAGAUUCAUUGAAAUAUCUAUCAUCUCUGGUGCAAUAUUAGCCUACAGAGGUCAAAGGGUUAAACGAUCAAUGAUCAAAUUAACACCUUCGCUAUCUUUGGUCUCCGCAAUUAUAUCUUCAAUCCAAUAAAUCCAAAUAUUGGCAAAAUGAAACUCCACCGUUGAGUUCCUAAAUAUAAUCUCGCAGCUUUCUAAUGACAAUAUCCAUUAAUUUCACUUUCACUAAGUAAAAAACAGAAUUACACAGCGAACGUGUUAAUCCAAUACAGGAAUUUCUACAAACUCAUUUAACACAUUGAGCGCCGGCGACGUAUCGGCCACUUAGCUCAAACGCGUUUCAUUCGCUUGUAUCUGAUCAACGAGUAGCCAGAAAAAAUAUUCAAAACAUUACAAAUUUUCAUAAAAUAGUAGAUUUCAAUUGCACAUUCGCCAUAUGCAAAUGGAAAUCCAGAAAUCCGCAUUAUUGCGGGGCCGGCGCUCAAUGUAAGUUCGGUUAACACGUUGAGUGCUACGUCAGUCCCUGGGGACUGACAGCGAACUCCUCGUUUGGUCGACAUCGGUGCACGAGACCAGCAUUUCAAAAGAUUAAAUUAUCAAUGACAAUUACAAAAUUUACGUUAAAAUUUAGCGUACUCCCAUGGCAUUUUCAGACUGAUCGUUUCUCGGUGUUCGCACUUUCUCUCUGGCAUUCCCCACCCCAUUAUCUUAUGUUUAUACAUCGUAUACACGUGCAUCGCCUGCACCAUUGUCACAGUGCGAACGACAAAAGAAACAGUGAAAAAAAGGAAUCGUCCGUUGCGCUGUCGCGCGGUCUAGUUCAGCGUUCGGCGUCAAAUGCUCACGCUCUGCCGCCUGAGCGGAAAGUAUAGCAAAAUCGGCGCGCGCUCGACGUGUUAACCGGUCGACCGACGAUACAAGAGUGAACGAACGCUGUCUCCGUUUCUAACGCAGCUCCGCCGUAAACGCACCCUCGGCCUGUCUACUCGCCAGCCGAUCCGAUCCGAUCCGAUCCGAUCCGGAGCGAAGCGAAGCGCGAGAUCCUCGCUCGACGAGAGUGUCCGCUCUAUUACUAGUCACCCGUUCCCCUGGGAAGAUCGAGAGCUCGGAUCGAGAGCAGCGACGGCCGCCGCUGCUCGUCGACCGUCGACCGCCACGGGAACGGGAAUCAUCGCCGCGGGUCACGCGACUCCGCGACGCGAGACACGCGACACACGAGACACGCGAUCCUCUCCGACGCCCGAACCCGAUAUUCCGGAGCACCGUGCAGUAUUUCGGCCGAUGAGCAGGCUCGCGGCAAUAGCGUCUAGCUAUCGAUCCUCCGUUGACACUAGAACUACCGUACCGGUCGACAUGACCGGUUUCGAUUUGUUUGUUUAGCGGUUAUUGAUGUCUUCGAAGCAUUCAAUGUUCGAAAUGAUUUUUAAAGUAGCUUCGUUGAUGUCUUCGAAGCAUUGAAUGUGCGAAAUGAUUUUUAAAGUAAAUAGCUUCAUUGAUAUAUUCGAAAUGAUUUUGAAAGUAAAUAGCUUCAUUGAUAUCUCCGAAGCAUUGAAUAUUCGAAAUGAUUUUCAAAGUAAAUAGCUUCAUUGAUAUCUUCGAAAUGAUUUUGACAGUAAAUAGCUUCAUUGAUAUCUCCGAAGCAUUGAAUAUUCGAAAUGAUUUUUAAAGUAGCUUCAUUGAUAUCUCCGAAGCAUUCAAUAUUCGAAAUGAUUUUGAAAAUAAAUAGCUUCAUUGAUAUCUUUGAAGCAUUAAAUAUGCGAAAUGAUUUUGAAAAUAGCUUCAUUUGAAUAAUAUAAUGAAUGUCUGAAGAAACUGAAAAUCUAUUGUUACAAUUUCUAUGGGAAUUGCAUAUUAACCCUUAGCACUCCAGGUUGUCUUGUAACCUACCAGCA